GGACAUGCAUGUGUUUUUCCUGCUUUGUACUUUUGUGGUGUCUUGUUUUGCAGACACAACUACAGCUAAAGCCAGAAAUCUUGCUUUAUAUGGCAAGGCCACACAAUCAGACUUGGUCGGGAAUCCUUGGUCAGCAGAUGGCCAUGCCAGUAAUGCUAUUGAUGGCAAUCGUGACCCAACUUAUGAACAUGGAUCUUGUACUGCUACUGAUUGGCAAAAUAACCCAUGGUGGAGGUUAGAUUUACUAGACAAGUACGUAGUGACCUCCAUAACUAUCACAAACCGAAGAGAAUGCUGUCCUGAAAGACUUGAUGGAGCUCAGAUACACAUUGGGGACUCUCUGCUGAACAACGGCAACAGCAAUGCAUUGGCUGGAAAGAUUUCAUCCAUUCCAGGUGGGAGAUCCCUCACUUUCAAAUGGAAGAAAGGCAUUCCAGGCCGUUACAUCAAUGUGGUCAUACCUGGAACAAAUCGCCUUCUUACCCUCUGCGAGGUCGAGGUUUACGGUUAUCCAGCUCCUAAUGGUGAAAAUGUGGCUUUAAAAGGGAGAGCUACACAGACUUCCCUCUAUGGAAACGGCUUUGCAUCCAAUGCCGUUGAUGGGAACAAAGAUGGUGUUUUCAUUCAUGGAUCCUGUACCCACACCGAAAAAACUCUCAAUCCCUGGUGGAGACUGGACCUACUGAAAAGGCACAAAGUGUUUUCAGUGGUAAUUACAAACACACUAGACAAUAUUCCUGAAAGAUUGAAUGGGGCAGAAAUCAGAAUUGGAAACAGUCUGGACAACAAUGGCAAUAAUAAUCCGAGGUGUGCUGUGAUCUCUUCCAUUCCUCCUGGUUUUUCCUCCACCUUUGAAUGUGAUGGGAUCGAAGGACGCUACAUUAAUGUUGUUAUUCCAGAACGGCAAGAAUAUCUUACACUGUGUGAGGUUGAAGUGUACGGAUCACCACUAGAUUGAGAAGCACUUUAAUAAUUAUUUUUUAAAAUGUAAAAAUUAUUAUUUA